AUGGCCUUCCUUUCCCAGCUGGAUCUUCAUGAAUGCCUCCAAACCCUGUCUGUUUUGCAGUGGCUCCCUGUCUACAUAUUUUUAGGAGCGAUUCCUAUUAUUUUUAUACCCUACUUUCUGGUGUUCACUAAAUUCUGGAUCUUGUCUGUGCUCGCCUUAACCUGGCUCGCCUAUGAUUGGAAUACUCACAGUCAAGGUGGUAGGCGUUCAGCUUGGGUACGAAAUUGGACCCUCUGGAAGUAUUUUCAAAAUUAUUUCCCAAUAAAGCUGGUGAAGACUCAUGACCUCUCUCCGGAAUGUAACUAUAUCAUUGCCAAUCACCCCCAUGGCGUUCUCUCUUAUGGUGUGUUCAUCAACUUUGCUACUGAGGCCACUGGCUUUUCUCGGAUAUUCCCAGGCAUCACCCCUUCAUUAGGGACCUUGGAAGGGAUCUUCUGGAUUCCAAUUGUACGAGAAUAUGUGAUGUCAAUGGGUGUGUGCCCAGUGAGUGAGUUGGCCUUGAAGUAUUUGCUGACCCAAAAAGGCUUAGGCAAUGCUGUGGUUAUUGUGGUGGGUGGAGCUGCUGAAGCCCUCUUGUGUCGACCAGGAGCCUCUACCAUCUACCUCAAAGAACGUAAAGGUUUUGUGAAGUUGGCACUGAAGACAGGAGCGUACCUUGUCCCUGCCUAUUCCUUUGGAGAGAAUGAGGUUCACAAUCAAGAGACCUUCCCUGAGGGCACAUGGAUAAGAUUCUUCCAAAAAACCUUCCAGGACACAUUCAAAAAAAUCCUGGGACUAAAUUUCUGUACCUUCCAUGGCCGGGGCCUCACUCGAGAAUCCUGGGGCUUCCUUCCUUUCAAUAGGCCCAUUACCACUGUUGUUGGGGAGCCCCUGCCAAUCCCCAGGAUCGAGAAACCAAACAAGAAGACAGUGGACAAGUACCAUGCACUCUACAUCAGUGCCCUGUGCAAGCUGUUUGACCAGCACAAAGUUCAAUAUGGCUUUCCUGAGACCCAGGAGCUGACAAUCAUAUAA